AUGCGAGAGUUACUGUCUGCUUGUUUUGGCCGAAAGGUUGAAGCUGGCGGAUUUCGACGUAGAUCGGAACAUAGUUUUCCCGUUAUGGAUUUUUUUUUUUUUACAUUAUCAAUGUUGAAAGAAGAAGAUGGUCGAAAGAUGUCCGCGAGAGACUUGACUCUUUCUCGGUCUGCUGCUAUGCAGCAGACUCCCGGCACUAAUGUUCAAAGGGUGCAGCGGAACAUUGAUCCUUCACAACACCCAUUCGAACGGGCACGCGAAUACACGAGAGCUCUUAAUGCGGUCAAGAUGGAGAGAAUUUUUGCUUCUCCGUUUAUUGCACAGCUAGGGAACGGACAUGUCGACGGUGUUUACAGUAUGGCAAAGGACCCAAUUUCCCUCGAAAGAUUCGCAAGUGGGAGCGGAGACGGUGUUGUGAAGAUCUGGGACUUGACCACGCGCGAUGAAAUAUGGCAUGUCCAAGCACAUGAAAAUAUUGUGAAGGGGAUGUGCUGGACGUCUGAUAGAAAACUUCUCUCGUGUGCCAGCGAUAAGACCGUCAAACUCUUUGAUCCGUACAACACUCCCGCCGAAUCUACACCACUUGCAACGUACCUUGGCCAGGGUGCAUUCACUAGUGUAUCGCAUCAUGAGACGCAUCCGUCCUUUGCCGCAUCUUCAUCAGUGAUAUCGAUAUAUGAUCUUUCGAGGCCGUCCUCUACGCCUUCAGAGACGCUCAGUUGGCCAACAAGUACAGAUACCAUUACGUCUAUAGCCUUCAACCGGACCGAGACAUCUAUCCUAGGCUCAACUGCAACUGAUCGAUCUAUCGUGAUGUACGAUCUACGCACAUCGUCCCCAGUUUCCAAGGUGAUAUUGACUCUUGCUUCGAAUGCAAUUUCCUGGAACCCCAUGGAAGCCUUUAAUUUUGCCGUCGCAAACGAAGAUCACAACAUAUACAUAUUCGAUAUGAGAAAAAUGGAUCGGGCCCUGAAUGUUCUCAAAGAUCACGUUGCAGCAGUGAUGGAUGUCGAAUUUAGUCCAACGGGAGAGGAACUGGUAUCUGCAUCAUAUGAUCGUACCAUCAGGCUGUGGAACCGAGAUAAAGGCCACUCACGAGAUGUAUACCAUACAAAGCGCAUGCAGCGAGUAUUUUCAGCAAAAUUCACACCCGACAACAAUUAUGUCUUGUCUGGGUCAGAUGAUGGUAAUAUACGGCUUUGGCGCGCAAAUGCUUCCUCCAGAGGUGGUAUCAAGAGUGCCAAAGAACGCCAAAAGCUCCAAUAUGACGAGGCCUUGAAACGCCGAUAUGCUCACAUGCCUGAAAUUCGUCGCAUCAAACGCCAUCGACAUCUGCCCAAAGCUAUCAAGAAAGCGGGCGAAAUUAAGGGUGAAGAAAUAAAAGCAUUGAAGAGGCGCGAGGAAAAUGUAAGGAAGAAUAGCAAGGUGGUGAAGCCCCGGCGAAGCGAGAGAGAGAAGAUGGUCUUGACAACAGAGAAAUAA